AUGAUCUCGAUUCCAGGAACACCUGCGCUUCAAAUUCUUAACAACUUCUACUUUAACACCCUCUUUUUACCUCAAUUCACUUAUGCACAAGGAGCACCUAUCUUUGAAGUGUCCGGAAAUCCACAUCUGCCUUCGAAAACAAUAGAAUGGCUCCAAAAAAUCUGCCCGAAAUGCAAGAUUGACGCCGGCUAUGAUUGUGGCCUCACUCGACCUUUUACUGUCCAACAGCUCGUCGCUGCAUGUGCAGGCAAACUAAUGAUUCGACCUGCGCCAGGCCAUUCUAUUCAAAUCAGUUCAAAGGAUGUAAGCGAAGCAGAGAUGAACGCAUUCUGCUCCAAAGCAGUUUACAUGGAAGUAUGUAUUGACAUCACAAAGUCAUCGUACAAACGCUUCACAUGUCCACAUUUGAAGGAACUAAGAUCUUGUGCGCCAGGACGUCCGGCCAUCACAGUCGUGAACAAUGCUCACCUUGGAAUCAUAGAAAUUCCUACGACUAUUGUCAUUCCUAGAGGGGUGGCAUUAUUCACCAUUUAUGGUAACCCUCUUAUCUCCGAAACUGUGAUCAGCAAAUUCAGGAGGAUUUGCAAGAACUGUCGCUUCCCUAAGAGCAAUGAGUGCGUUCUUCAACCGCGCUCCUACACCGACAAGGAAUUAGUUGCCGCUUGCGCUGGAAAAUCAAGAAUUGCCCCACAACCAGGAUUUUACCUCACGUUGUCCUCUAAGUUGGUAACGGAAGAAGAAAUGAACGCGUUCUGCUCUAAAGCAACCUACAUGGAGAUUUGCAUCGAGAUUAUUGACUCUUCUUUCACAAGCUUGCGAUGUCCUCUAUUGAAAGAGCUGAAAUCUUGCCGACCA